ACUUGACAUCACCUAAUUAUCCUUUAGAGUGAACCCCCCAACUCCAAUACAAGACAUCAACCAGAAUCUGCUUCUUAUCAUACUCAACUCCACAAUCAUACCGUUCAGAAGUGUCGAGAGCAAAAAGAAAAUCCUGAAGCACUGGAUGAGGACGAUAAUCUGAUUACACCAUGACGCAGCCACGCACCCACGCAAGCCUAACAAAGGACCAAGAGACAAACGAGGCGGCGUGGGAGGCAUCAAGAGGCGCGCUUAGUGGUGCUACAAAGUGGGGUGCGUUCUUUGCAGCAGCAGGAGGCGUCGCAUAUGCCUUUUCUCCUUUGUAUCGGGGAUUGACUUUUCAAUUCAAAGUGUACAUCCAAAUGUCUGGAAUGAUCCUGGGCUCGAUGAUCGAGGCAGACAAGCGCAUGAUACAGUACGAGCACCGUAUCCGACAUCAGAAGAGGCUAGCGCGCGACAUGGAGGUCUGGAGGAGGUACGAGGAGGAUUUCGAGAGGAGGGGCACGCCUGGUGUCGGCGGAGAAGGGAAUGUUAAGGGGAGGGUAGAGACUGGCGCCCAAGGGGAGGAUUGAGGGAAAUUUGGGCCUGUAGAGGUUAGGGACCCCUUUCUGGUGUGAGUGGAGGGUGUAGGGAUGGAAUUGUGGUGAUAGACUGGGAAGAUGGGGAUUCGUUAUCGAGGAGGACAUUUGUAUUAUAGUUUCUGCAUUUUGGAUUUUUUAUCUUUUUUAUAUCAGAAUGACAAUAUCUAUGGUCAAAAGUA